GUGACGGCGACCUGCAGACUGCGUGAAGAGGGAAGGGUGGUGUUCAGUCGGGUGAAGAGGGGGCUGACCUGAUUGGAUGAAAGCGACGGUUCUGGGCAAGCUGAGACGUACAAGUGCUGAGCAGAACCUGUGUUCCUGUCCGCAGCAGUCACAGUUGGUUAUUCGUUUUACUCAGGCUUCAGACUCCAGUUUGCCAAGAUGAGUCCCAGGAAUAUCAUCUUCAAGAAGAUUUCCAGGGACAAGUCGGUGGGUGUGUACAUGGGGAAGAGAGACUUUGUUGAUCGCGUCAAAUCCAUAGACGUUGUGGAUGGUGUUAUUCUGGUUGACCCUGACGUGCUGCAGGGAAAAAAAGUGUAUGUCACCCUGUCCUGCACCUUCCGCUACGGCCGGGAUGACAUGGAUGUAAUGGGGAUAUCAUUCCGCCGUGACAUCUUCAUGUCCACACGCCAGGUGUACCCGCCCCUGCAGGACAAGGAGCAGACCAUUAUGACCAAGAUGCAGGAGAAGAUUCUCAAAAAACUGGGCGAUAACGCCUACCCCUUCUUCUUCGAGUUCCCUGAUAACCUGCCCUGCUCAGUCGGACUGCAGCCUUCCUCUUCAGAUACUGGAAAGCACUGUGCCGUUGAGUUUGAGGUGAAAUCCUUCAGUGCAGAGAACCAGGAUGCCAAAGUCCAUAAAAGGAGCUCAGUUGGUCUGGCCAUCCGCAAGGUGCAGUAUGCCCCUGAGCAGGACGGACCUGCACCCUCUGUGUCGACCACUCGUGAAUUUCUCAUGUCAGACAAACCCCUUCACCUCGAGGCCAGCCUGGACAAAGAGACAUACUAUCACGGACAGCCAAUAAAUGUCCGUGUCAACAUCAAAAACACCUCCAAUAAAAAUGUGAGGAAUGUUAUUAUUUCAGUGGACCAGAUUGCCACAGUGGUGCUUUACUCCAAUGACAGCUAUGUGAGGACAGUUGCGAUUGAGGACAGUGGAGACUCAGUGGAGGCAGGUGCCGGUCUAGAUAAAGUCUACAAACUGCUUCCACUGCUGGCUCAUAACCGUGAGAGGCGGGGCGUUGCGCUGGACGGCAAGCUGAAGCAUGAGGACACCAACCUGGCCUCCUCCAGCAUUUGUAAACCGGGAGUGCUCAAAGAGGUCAUGGGUAUCUUGGUGUCCUACCGAAUUAUGGUCAAGCUCAUCGUUGGAGGGAUGAUUGGGUCCAGUGAGGUUGGGGUAGAGAUUCCAUUUCGGUUGAUGCACCCAAAACCUGAUGCAGUGAGGGAGAGUGAAAUGGAGGAAGAGGUGGUGUUUGAGGAGUUCAAACGCUCCUAUCUGAAGGGCAUGGUCGAGGACGAUGAGGCUAACGCUGGAGAGGCGUCCUAGACCGGGACACACACGGGAGACAUUAGGGAGGAGGGAGGGGGAACAUGCGUCAGACACAUGCGGAAAUGUCACAGGUGGUUAUUCUAAAAGGCUGAAUGUUACAAAUCUAAUAUGAAAUACAAAUGUUACUUUGAUUGUAGAUAUGGUUGUACACCUUGUGUUGGCAUUUAUUGGCCACCAGGGGUCAUUGUAAAAGAAACUGCCAUGUUCUCAUCCUAUUCCUUGUGUCUGUUGAUAUGUACUUAUGCUGGAAUAAUGUGGGCGAAUAAAGUGGAGUCUUAUGUAGGCAAUAGAUGAUAGGUAUGUGUCAGCCUACAGAUUUGGCACAUUAGAUAAGUUAAUAUGGCUUUCCAUCAUAUGAUUCAUAUGAUGGUAUGAUAUGUUUGUUGGCUAUCUAUGUUAUAAUGUUGCAUCAUUCAGGGCAGUUCAUAUUACAGAGGGACCACCUUAAUAAAGUCACUCACAGGACCUGG